CCAAGCGAAGCCACUUCCGGCCUUCCCUGGAGCCUGCCGCAGUUCUCUUCCGGGUGAUGGCGGCUGAGUGCCCCGGAUGUAGCCCUGGCGAAAGCCUCUCUCCCUUUCUUCCCCCGCCUUCCCUGGAUCCUUAGCUUGGGGAAGGCCCCUCUAUCCAGUCAUGCCAAAGAGGAAAGUGACCUUCCAAGGCGUGGGAGAUGAGGAUGAUGAGGAUGAAAUCAGCGUCCCCAAGAAGAAGUUGGUGGAUCCUGUGGCUGGGGCAGGGGGUCCUGGGAGCCGCUUCAAAGGCAAACACUCUUUGGACAGCGAUGAGGAAGAUGAUGAUGAUGAAGGGUCUAGCAAAUAUGACAUCCUGGCCUCAGAGGAUGUAGAAGGUCAGGAAGCAGCCACGCUCCCCAGUGAGGGAGGUGUGCGGAUCACACCCUUCAACCUGCAGGAGGAGAUGGAGGAAGGCCACUUUGAUGCUGAUGGCAACUAUUUCCUGAACCGGGAUGCUCAGAUCCGAGACAGCUGGCUGGACAACAUUGACUGGGUAAAGAUCAGGGAGCGGCCACCUGAUCAGCACCCACCAUCAGACUCAGAGGAGGAGGACAGUCUGGGCCAGACACCAUUGAGCACCCAAGCCCUCCUGGAGGGCCUUCUGGAGCUGCUGUUGCCAAGAGAGACAGUGGCUGGGGCACUGAGGCGUCUAGGGGCCCGAGGAGGAAGCAAAGGGGGCAGCAAGGGGCUGGGGCGGCCCAGUUCUCCUCAGCGCCUAGACCGGCUCUCUGGGUUGGCUGACCAGAUGGUGGCCCAGGGUAACCUCGGAGUAUAUCAAGAGACAAGGGAACGGUUGGCUAUGCGGCUGAAGGGAUUGGGGUGUCGGACCCAGGGACCUCCUGACCCCACACCACCACCCUCUCUGGACAUGUUUGCUGAAGAAGUGGCAGAGGGCGAGCUGGAGACCCCAACCCCUACCCAGAGAGGAGAAGCAGAGUCUUCCGGAGAUGGUCUGGCGGAUGUGAUGUGGGAAUAUAAGUGGGAGAACACGGGGGAUGCUGAGCUGUACGGGCCCUUCACCAGCACCCAGAUGCAGACUUGGGUGAAUGAAGGCUACUUCCCAGAUGGUGUUUAUUGCCGGAAGCUGGACCCUCCUGAUGGACAGUUCUACAACUCCAAACGUAUUGACUUUGACCUCUACACCUGAACCUGAUGAGGGCCCAGUUUGGUGGCCCCUUCUUUCCUGGACUUUGUGGAGGAGGCCCUGGCUGCCUCAGGCAGUGAGGAUAUUGGGGGCCAGUUUUCAGUCAACUUCCUUUUCCCAAUAAAGGCCUUUAGUUGUGUA